AUGAACUUUAGAUCACCUGCAAAAGAAAAAAUAGAUUCUUACCAGAACAAAUUUUCUUGGUGGCAGGUUAAUUUUCUUGGGGACAUUCACGGCCAGUACUCCGACCUGCUCCGCAUAUUCCGCGUCACCGGCUUCCCGUCCGAUGCCAACCGCUAUCUUUUCCUCGGCGACUACGUCGACCGCGGCAGCCGCAGCAUCGAGACCAUCUGCCUCCUCCUCGCCUACAAGGUCAAGUACCCCGACGCCUUCUUCCUCAUCCGGGGAAACCACGAGUGCUCCUCCGUCAACCGCUCCUUCGGCUUCCUGGGCGAGUGCCACCGACGAGGACUGGGUCAAGCGAGCUGGAACAUCAUCAACGGCUGCUUCAACUGCCUACCGCUGGCGGCGCUCGUCGGAAACAAGAUCGGCAAGAACAUCUUCUGCGUGCACGGCGGACUGUCGCCGGAGCUGGAGAGCAUGGACCAGAUAAGACGAAUCAAGCGCCCACUGCCGCAAGUCCCCUCCGAGGGCCUCGCGUGCGACUUGCUGUGGUCGGACCCCGACGCCGCCGACGAGUGGGGGUGGGGCGAGUCGUCCAGGGGCAGGUCCGUCACCUUCGGGUCCGACUUGGUGGCCGAGUUCGUCGAGAAGAACGGGCUGGCCAUGGUGUGCAGGGCGCACGAGGUCAAGCAGGGCGGCUACGAGUGGUUCGCGGACAGGAAGCUCGUCACCGUCUUCUCCGCGCCCAACUACGCCGGCCAGUGCGACAACGCCGGCGCGGUCAUGAAAGUGGACAAAAAUCUCACCUGCUCCUUCCACAUCCUCCAGCCUACUCCGCUUCAAGUUCUUGCUGAUAACUUGCAUGAUUCUUCUUAAGCACGCGUGAGUGCUCUUUUAGUUAGUCGAGCAAGGUUUAUUAUGGUCUUGCGUUUUUCUUUUCAUUUUUCCUUUUAAACAGUGAUCUUUUAGA